UUCUGCCCCCACUCGGACGCGCUUGCGCAGUGCCCGGACGCGGGCGUUUCUCCUUUUUCUUCGAAUCCGGUUUGAGGGGUAGAUUCGAGUUACAAAAUGGCGGCCUAGAGUGCGCUCCCCGCCGUUUCCCUGGUGGUCUCUGGCUUAGUGGAUGUCUCCGCGUCUCGGUGCCGAGCUCACAGACACGCGGCCCCCGGGGGACAUGGUGUUGGAGACUCCGGGCUUGCUGGCCACCAAGUCCUCCGAGGCUCUCAGCGCACCGGAAGCGGCCCGCCGCCGCCUGGGCCCCGAGCGCAGCCAUCGCCACCGCGUCCCUGCUCGCCGCCGCGCCCACGAGCCAGCGAGAGCUGCGGCGGCCGCCGGAGAGAUUCGAAAAAAUGGCCAAAAGAAUUGCCGAGAAGGAAUUGACAGAUAGAAACUGGGACCAAGAAGAUGAAGCUGAAGAGGUGGGAACAUUCUCAGUGGCCAGUGAGGAAGUCUUGAAGAAUAGAGCCAUAAAGAAAGCAAAGCGGAGAAAUGUUGGGUCUGAAUCUGACAGUGGAGGAGCCUUCAAAGGUUUUAAAGGCUUGGUUGUGCCUUCUGGAGGUGGAGGGUUUUCUGGAUUUGGUAGUAGCCCUGGAGGGAAGCCUCUGGAAGGACUAUCUAAUGGAAACAGCACUAGUGCCCCUCCCUGCACUGGUGCAAGGGCAGCAGCAGAGCCUAAGGCAACCUUUGGUUCUUUUGCUGCAAAUGGCCCAACUGCCUUGCUGGAUAAAAAGAUUUCAGAUCCCAAAACCAACGGCAGCAGUCCACAGCCCUCGUCCUCCAGCCUUGCUUCUAGCACAGCCUGUGCAGGGAGCACCUACCACAAACAGCUGGCGGCCUUGAACUGCUCGGUUCGGGACUGGAUAGUGAAGCACGUGAACACAAACCCCCUGUGUGACCUGACACCCAUCUUUAAGGACUAUGAGAAGUACCUGGCCACUAUUGAGCAACAGCAUGACAACAGUGGCAGUGGAAACUCUGAAAGCGGAACAAGCCAGAUGUCAGUUGACACACAGACCCCUUCCCUGUUUGGUUCAGCAAAACUACCACAAGAGUCAACAUUUUUGUUUCAUGGCAACAAAACUGAGGACACAUCUGAGAAGAAGAUGGAAGUUGUGUCUGAAAAGAAGACCGACACAGCACCAGAAGCAGCAAGUGUCUCGUUUAAUUUCGGCAAGAAAAUUGAUAGCUCUGUUUUGGGCUCACUGAGCUCUGGUCCCUCAGCUGGAUUUUCAUUUUCACCUGGAAACUCCAGUUUAUUUAGUAAAGAUACUACCCAGAGUAAACCAGUUUCUUCACCAUUUUCUGCCAAAACAUUGGAGGGUCAAGCAGAAGGUGGCAGUAAUGAAAGCAAAGGUGGAGACGAAGAGGAGAGUGAUGAGCCUCCCAAGGUGGUGGUCACUGAAGUGAAGGAAGAAGACGCUUUCUACUCCACCAAGUGUAAACUAUUUUACAAGAAAGACAAUGAAUUUAAAGAGAAGGGUGUGGGGACCCUGCACUUAAAGCCUACAGCAAGUCAGAAGACACAGCUCUUAGUACGGGCCGAUACCAAUUUAGGCAACAUACUAUUGAAUGUUUUGAUUCCACCCAAUAUGCCAUGUACCCGAACAGGGAAAAACAAUGUACUCAUUGUCUGCAUUCCAAACCCACCACUUGAUGAGAAGAGUGCCACCGUCCCUGCCACCAUGUUGAUUCGGGUGAAAACUAGCGAGGAUGCAGACGAGUUGCACAGGAUUUUACUGGAGAAAAAGGGCGCCUGAAGGUGAAGUCGGAGGAAGCAUUGCCAAGUUGCUGCUCCCCCACCUCCCUUUAAACUUAGUGUUUCUUUUCUUUGACCUUCUAAGGACUUCUAGAUAACUUAAAACUGUUGUGGGGAAGAUUAAGGCCAAUAAAACCUUUCAAUGUUUUAUUUCAAUGUCAAGGAACUGUAUUCUCCCUUCUUCCAAGACUGACAACUGUGCAAAAUACAUUCGAAUGAAAUUUUUUGGAAGUUUUUUAAAUGUUCAUUUGUUUAUUAAACUGUUAGUGAUUUCUUAA